AUGAUCAUAUUCGACAGCAUGGAUAACGCGGGCAACAUGGCUGCGCACCUGGUCGCACGCCAAUCGAACCAAGGGAGCAACCAAAAUGCCCAGGGCUCAUCAGUAUCGGGCAUGGUAUCCACCUUGAUCCCGGUGCUUCUUAUCUCCAUCGUCAUCUUCCUGGUCUUCUUGAUCUUUCGAAGGAAGUUCGACCGAGUGUACCAACCGCGCUCGUAUCUUGGCUCUCUGCGCAACUGGCAGCGCUCUCCCAAACAAACAACCGGCACUUUGGGAUGGCGGAAAGAGUUCAGCGAGCUCAAGGACGAAUUCGUCCUCGGGCAUUCAACAAUCGAUAACUACCUCUGGCUAAGAUUCUUCAAGAUGCUGACCAUGAUGUGCCUGGUCGGAUGCUUCAUCACCUGGCCAAUUCUGUUCCCCGUCAACGCAACAGGUUCCAACAACGAUGCGACAGGCCUUGAUAUCCUGUCAUUCAGUCACAUCAACCCAGGACCACGAUACUUUGCGCAGGCCAUUGUCGCAUGGCUUUUCCUCGGAUGGGUCAUGUUCAUGAUCACACGCGAAUCGAAGUUCUUCGUCCGCCUGAGCCAGCGAUACUAUCUUUCGCCUUACCAGCGAAGCCGCAUUUCAACCAGGACUCUCCUCUUCACCAACGUACCAGAGGCUGCCCGCAACGAAGAGCAUUUGCGAAGCCAGUAUGCAGGUGUGAAGGCAGUCUGGCUGGUCAAUGUGCCACUGGAUCUUGCCGAGAAGGUCGACGAUCGUGACACGGCUGCCAACAAGCUCGAGACUGGCGAGAUCAAAAUGAUCAAGAACCACUACAAGAGACAGCUGAAACUGGAGAAGAAGAAUAAGACCAGCGAGCGAGUGAACCCAGAGGCUGGUGCUCGCGUUGAGGUGCACAAGAAGGAUAUCCCAACACACCGCCUGCCAAAGCUCAAAUUCCUGCCCAUCGGCAAGAAGGUUGAGACCAUCGACUGGAGUCGCGGAGAAUUGCGUCGUCUGGUACCAGAGAUCACGACAGAGCAGCGCGGACUGGUCAACAAUAACAAAUCCGAGGCCCAGGCUGCAUGCUUCAUCGAAUUCGAUACUGUUCAGUCUGCUCAUGCAGCUUGGAUGCAGGCGUCCAACAUGGGCCGCAAAGAGAAGGCAAAGUCGAUGGCCAAGAUGACUCCGAAGGAGAACGGACCAGAACCCCAGGAUGUUAUCUGGAAGAACAUUAUCAAGCCAUUGUGGAAGACCAAACUGUUCAGCACCCUCGGCACGGCUUUCGUCUGGUUCCUGUGCAUCUUCUGGACCAUCCCAGUCGCAGUUAUCGGUGCCAUCUCCAAUAUCACCUAUCUCACCAACAAAGUGCCAUUCCUCAGCUUCAUCCUCGACAUUCCACCAGUCGUCCGCGGUGUGGUUACUGGACUGCUUCCCGUCAUCCUGCUUGCAGUCCUCAUGGCCUUGGUACCGAUAAUUCUCACCGUUAUCGCAAAGCUCUUCGAGCCGACUCAGGGCGCUGUUCAGAUGAAGGUCCAGGGAUGGUACUUUCCAUUCCAGGUCAUCCAAGUCUUCCUCAUCACCACGUUCUCCUCUGGAGCUGCUGCAGUCGUGACCCAGAUCAUCAAUGACCCCACUACCGCGCCGACACUGCUGGCUGAGAACCUGCCCAAGGCCUCCAACUUCUACAUCUCGUACUUCAUACUGUUCGGACUCCAAUCGGCUGCGCUGCAGCUUCUCAACGUAGUGCCCCUUCUGUUCGUCCUGGUCCUGGGCAAGAUUCUGGACACGACACCAAGGAAGAUGUACAAUCGCUAUGUCAACCUUGCUGGACUUGGAUGGGGAUCGCUUUAUCCCAAGUUCACCAACUUGGGUGUCAUUGCACUUUCGUACUCCUGCAUCUCGCCAUUGAUUCUGGGCUUCGCUACAGUCGGUUUCUUCCUGCUGUACCUUGCUUUCCGAUACAGCGCCCUCUUCACUCUCGGCACGACUGUAUCGACCAGGGGCCAAUCCUACGCUCGUGCCAUGAAGCAGCUUACCGUCGGUAUCUAUCUGUCGGAAAUUUGCUUGAUCGGCCUGUUCGCCAUUGGCAUUGCUGAGAGCCGAGUAUCGAUUGGACCCAUGAUAAUGAUGAUCAUCUUCCUCGUUCUUACGAUCUUAUGGCAGAUCUGGCUAGGUCGCUCCCUAAAGAAGAUGGAGAACGAGUCGGUGGAGGACAACAUCGCGCCAUCGGCGAUCACUGGCGACAUCCGCGAUAGCAGCGAUGCGGAGAAGGCUCCAGGAUCUGUUGAUGAGACUCGUCCCGCUGGACUUGGUAACAAUCAAGAUCACCUUGCGAAAGACGGCUACGACCAGGCACAGUCAGAAACGGCAGAUGCUGGCCACGAGCAACUGCGCCAGACUCCAACUGGCAAAGUGGGACUCAUGGCUCGCAUCAAGGGCUACUUUAACCACGAGGCCGGCGCUUCCAACGCCAUCCAAUUUGUGUCGCCGCAUCUCAGCACUCCUGUUCGAGCUUACACUCAAAAGGAGCACGAUGAGGCAUACCUCCACCCAGCUAUCAUCUCUGAAUGCCCCGUCAUCUGGAUCGCGAGAGACAAGUAUGGCAUUUCGAGGCAGGAGAUUGCUGCCUCUAAGGAAGACGGCUACAUCAUGACUGAUGAAGGUGCUGAGUUCAACGAGAAGGGCAAGAUUGAGUGGAAGCAGGAUGACUUGAAGCAGGCGCCUAUCCGGGAGGAUGAACCAGCUUAUUAA